CCGGGGUUGAGUUGAGCUCGGGCAGGACGCGAGACUGACUGCAUCUGUUUGUGAACUGUAAGAAUCCCAGUGCACUCUGUGUGGUUGCCAAGGUAUCUCCACGGCUGCGGAUCCUGGCAGUGUGCUACUGGAACUCUGCCAUUUAAUGGAGAUUUAGGAAGAUGCGUGUGUGUUUAGGGGCAUUGGUGGCCAGCAGAACUGGGAGAUCAGCUGGGCUAAGAGAGAACAUACUGAGAAGGCUCAGAGUUGAAGAGCAGUCGGCGGACAGAAAGUGGACACAGCUACGUGAGGACAGUGUCUUGGAUCACAGCCACACUUACUCUAACAAACCCUGCAACAGUCACACAGCUGGUUUUAACCAGGCCAGUCAUUACGUUUGACCCCAUUUUACCAUCUCAGGUGUGGGGAGCAAUUUAAUCGUGACAGACAGACAUUACUGAGAUUCUCCCGCUUCCCUCGAGAGAAAACAUCACUUUUAUAUUCACACCUGUGACCAAACUCCAGCAGAUUCAUUUAUUAUAUUUUUCGUUUUUUAAUCAUUGACCAAACCCUCUCUCAUGGGAGUAACAUAGAGACCAGCCCAGCACAGACACUCUAUCUGCUCUAUUUCUCUCUUGCAUUCACACACAUACACACACACACACACACACACACACACACACAUUUGCACCAUGUUCAGGAUGCCCUCCUCCUCCAGCAUGAUUAGCUGGGGAAGGACGCGGCUCUUGUGGUGAUUGGAGAGGUGAGCGGAGCAGAGCUGGACCCAUGUCGUGGAAGCGGAACUACUUUGCUUCGGGCAGCAGCGGGCUGCAGGGGAUGUUUAAGCCACGCAACAUGACCUCCAUCGCUCCCAGCAAAGGCCUGAGCAAUGAGCCGGGUCAGAACAGCUGCUUCCUGAACAGCGCACUGCAGGUCCUUUGGCAUCUCGACAUCUUUCGGCGAAGCUUUCGGCAACUGAACACACACAAGUGCAUGGAGGACUCGUGUAUCUUCUGCGCUCUGAAGAGCAUCUUUGCCCAGUUCCAGUUCAGCAGUGAGAAGGUGCUCCCAUCGGACGCUCUGCGCAGCGCUCUGGCCAAAACCUUCCAAGACGAGCAGCGCUUCCAGCUGGGCAUCAUGGACGACGCAGCCGAGUGUUUUGAGAACCUGCUCAUGCGGAUCCACUUCCACAUCUCAGAUGAGACCAAGGAGGACAUCUGCACGGCCAAGCACUGCAUCCCACAUCAGAAGUUUGCCAUGACACUUUUUGAACAGUGUGUUUGUAAUAAUUGUGGAGCCACGUCGGAUCCUCUCCCCUUCAUUCAGAUGGUGCACUAUAUCUCCACCACCUCUCUCUGUAACCAAGCUGUGCGAAUUCUGGAAUGUAAGGAGAAGCCCACACCAGAGAUGUUUGGAGAGCUUCUCCGCAACGCCAGCACCAUGGGCGACCUGCGAAACUGUCCGAGUAAUUGUGGCGAGGUGUUGCGGAUUCGGCGGGUUCUGAUGAACUGCCCGGAGAUCAUCAGCAUCGGCCUGGUGUGGGACUCAGAUCACUCUGAUCUAGCUGAAGACGUCAUCCACAGCCUGGGCACGUGCCUGCGGUUGGGUGACCUGUUCUACCGUGUGACGGAUGAGCGGGCCAAGCAAUCGGAGCUCUACCUUGUGGGCAUGGUUUGCUAUUACGGCAAGCAUUACUCCACCUUCUUCUUCCAGACCAAGAUACGCAAGUGGAUGUACUUCGAUGACGCACAUGUGAAGGAGAUUGGACCCAAGUGGAAGGAUGUGGUAUCCAGAUGUAUAAAAGGCCACUACCAGCCACUCCUGCUGCUGUACGCUGACCCCCGAGGGACGCCCGUGUCAUCGCAGGACAUGCUGGCAGCACAGCUGGACCUGCACCACAGCAGCAAGGCCGGCUAUGACAGCGAAGACUCCGGGAGGGAGCCCUCAAUUUCAAGUGACACACGCACAGACUCCUCCACAGACAGCUACAGCUACAAGUACUCUCGAUCACACCAUGAGUCCGUGGCCUCCCAUUUCUCUUCUGACUCUCAGGGAACUGUGGUGUGUAAUCAGGACAGCAGCGGUUCCCAGAACAGCAUGGACACUGCUGGGGAGGUUCAUAAAGGCCAGGCCACUCCCCUUUGUACACCAAGGCCUUCUUCUACUGGCCAUCUGCAGGACUAUAAAGAGACUAUGAAUAUGAUCCACAGCAGACCCCUUUUGUCUUCCUCUAGCUCAGGGGUGGGCGGCUCGGAGGCUGGGGCACGGGCAAGAGAUUGGGAAGAUGAGAGCACCAGCAGUGAGUCCAAGUCCAGCUCCAGUGGAGGUCACUAUCGGCCCACAUGGAGACCCAGAAGAGAGGCCCUGAACAUUGAUAGUAUCUUUAGCCGGGAAAAGCAUCUGCCGCCUGGCUACGCAACGCUCAGACCUUCCCCUCUUCCAGAGAACCCGAUGUCACCAGGGCACAGUGCUCUAGUCUCAGUGGCGGCUGUGGAGGGGUCCAACAUUGCAGCAGCAGAGACGGGAGGCAUGACCGAUGGCUCAGGGUGUAUGCCAGAAACGGGGGUGGAGCAUCUACUGAUCCCGCCACCUUUAAGAUGUGUGGAACAGCAGCCUCGGCUGAUCCAGAGGAUGGAGAGUGGCUACGAAAGUAGUGAGAGGAACAGCAACAGCCCCAUCAGCAUGGACAUUCCCCUCAGCGACAACCCCAGCACCAGUGCUCACAGGGACAGCAGCAGUAAGAGACCCGUGACAUCUGGGCCCUCCUGGCGCACAGUGCCUAAGUCCAAAAGCAGCAGUGCCAUUCUGCAAGACCUCAAAUCACCCACCUGGAGUAGCAGUCCACUGAGUUUGGGAGAGGGGCGCAGUGAACUAGAUGAAUUGCAAGAGGAAGUUGCUCGCAGGGCCAGGCAGCAUGAGCUCCAGAGGAAGAAGGAGAAGGAGAGAGAAGCAGCACAGGGCUUCAACCCCAAACCCAGCAAGUUCAUGGACCUGGACGAACUUCAGCACCAGGGGAAGGGGGGCAGUUUUGAGCACUGCCUGGCGGAGGCUGACUCUCUCUUAGAGCAGUCGCUGCGCCUGGAGCAAGCUGGGGAUACAGCUACAGCCCUGGCGCUCUCCCACCACGCUGUGUCUAAUUUAAGAUUUUCCAUGCAUGAGGGCAGUGCUAACACUCAUAGCAGGACUAUGGCUGCUGACGCCAAGCUGCAAAAAUGCAUGAGGAGAGCGCGGGGCCUACAGCAGCGCAUGCAGCAAGAGCAAGAGCAGCAACAGGAGCCCAGCCGCCCACAGGGGCUCACCAGUGAACAGCCUGGCCCGGUCCAAGUUUUGUUGACAGACAAUCAGGAAGAGGUCUUUGAGACCAAUCAGGAUUCUGUGCUUGGCCCUACCUCUCCUCGACACAUGAAAUCCCCCUCUUCUUGUACAGACUCCCCAUAUCAGCCCUCUAGCCGCCCAUCACUCAAUCUCCGGCCUACCUCUUCUCAGCCACAGCCUCAAGAGCUUCAUGAACGCAGCAAUUGGUCGACCCAGAAUGAGGACGAAUGGGGUGGCAUCAGAUUAUCGGAUGUUCUCCAAGCAUCAGGCAUACGGAUCAUGCCCAUACGCAAGCACCUUGCCAUAUCUCUACCCUCUUUGCCCCUUGACUUCUGGGGUGUAUUGGGAGAGGACGAAGAGGUCUCCAGCUUUCAGCACUCUCAAUCUCCAAAUCCUCCUUUGUGGCAGGGCACUACAGAUAGUCCGGACCGAAUACUCCAAUCCAGCAAUCCCAGUCCACCACCCAACCCUGUUGAGGAGAAGGGACCAGUACCCCAGCGAACCCCCAUAUGGCAGACCCUGCAUGCAUCUUCCAAGCCCUGCACCAAAUUGACCCCACCUGUUGCUGCCAGUCAUUGGUCCUCUUGGGGCCCAGACCAUCUAGAUGCAAUUGUCAACCCCUAUGACACACCUCCUGAACAGACACCUGGAAGACACCUUGCUCCUCGCAGUCCUAUGAGCACCAGGAAGAAGAACAUCCCUAAGUACUCAAAAUUCCAGAGCAUGGAGUUGGAACCCACAGAGGCCGAGGACCAGGAACUCUCUGAAUUGGACUCACUUUACCAGGCCAGUCUGCAGGCUGGCCCGGGUCCUGGCCGAGCCCUGCGUGGUACCAGCUCACCUGCUCUUGCGAGACCAGUACCUCCAACUGCACGAAAGCUGCUCACUGGAGUGGGACGCUCUCGGACCCCCACAGCUGAGCUUGAGAGAACUGUUUAUGGACCACCAGGUUGUUGCAGCCCUACUGGAUACAUGAACAUGCCUCUGUCAUUGGCCCAUCAAGAGCAUCAGUCAGUUGAGGAAGACCAGUAUGACGUGGAUCACCUGCGCCGUAUUGCUCGUAGCCUGAGUGGAACGGUCAUAGGGCGUCGCCAGAACCGUCUUGCCGUCUCCCGAAGCUUCCUAGGGGAAUCCGGGGUUACGCCAUAUCACAGCUCCAUGUACUCACCUAGUUGCCUUCAGUUUCCAUUGUCUCAUUCAGACCUCCAUCUGCUCCAGCCCAGCUAUCUACAUCUCUUUCCAUCAGCUUCACCCCUGUCUCAGCAGCCUGGGCCUUGCAGAGUGGUCCCAGGACGUCUCCAGAGGUUCUCCGAGUUUCUGGCUGUGUUUGACCGGCGUCAAGCUCUCUCCAGUCGGAAGCACUACAGUCCAGCAGUGAGGUGUAUUGGAAGACAUCCUCUCUGAAAUUCUCCCCCCAACCAAUUGGCUUUGGACACAACCAAGUCCUCUAGCCCGGAACGUUUCCAAAGAUGCAUUUGCUCCCCUGGACAACCCUUCUGCACACACCAUUCCAUUCUCUUCACAAUUUUUCUGGAGAACUAAAAGGAGCAUGUCCCGAGACCUGAUGCCAUCCUCAAUCACCCUGUGUUCUGUAUUGUUCCUGGGAGGAUGCCCUUCUAUUGCCCUGCUCUAGUCGGGAAAUCUUUCCAUGCAAAAGGCCCUGAAACUCGUUCCACAGCAUGACGGAUAUAGAGACAACUUUUUUUAUUUAAAAGCACUGGGUUGACGUGAUUUUUGGGGGCUGAGGCGUGUGUGUGUGUGUGACUGAUCUUUGGUCAGAAAGGCAGCAUGCAAUGAUAGAAGUGUGGGGUCUUGACUCAGACUUUCACAGUCAGCCAUCCAAUCCAGAGCACUUAACUUAAUUAACUCCGGCAUUGAAUUAACUGCAGAGGAGAAACCCACAGUACCUCCUUGCUCUAGAUGAUAAAUGUGUGUUUGUGUGUAUGCGUGUGUGCAUGUGUUGGGUGGUAAAAGGGGAGGGGCUUAUUGUAUCCCUGCCCUCUUUUAUACUACUGGUCCGACGUUUGGAAUCAUUAAGAUUUUUUUUAUGUUUUUGAGAUAUGUCUCCUAUGUCUCUUGAAAUAUGUGAUCAAAAAUACAGUAAAAACAGUGAUAUUGUGAAAUAUUACAUAUUCCAAAAGAAAUAUUAAGCAGCAUGACAGCUUUUAGCAUUGAUAACAAUAAUAAUAAAUGCUUCUUGAGCACCAAAUCAGCAUAUUAGAAUGAUUUCUGAAGGAUUGCGUGACACUCCUGGUGUAAUCACAGGAAUAAAUUUCACUUUAAAAUGGGUUUUAAAUCUAAAACAAAUUGUAAUAGUUUUUCAUAGUGUUUUUAUAGUAUUUGAAUCUGAUAAAUGUAGCAUUAGUGAGCUUAAGAGACUUUGUUCAAAAACAUUGGAAAAUUCUAAUUAUUCCAAACUUUUGACUGAUAGUGUAUUAAAAAAAUCCUCCUCGCAUGUCCCACAGAUUUAAUUUCUCAGCAAACCAACCAGAAUUGUCGUUGCUUUGCUCAACAUUUUUCCCAACUCUCCUGCAAAUGUUUUUUUGGUAAUUUUUUGGUUAAUGUCAUGUAGAUACGAAAUACUUCAACAUGUACUAAGUGAAUCGAGAUGUUUUGUACGGUGUCAUCUCUCAGCUCUGGUGUUUUUUGUCAGAGCAGGAAUGUAAAUCUGCGGCCCUGGCGUGGAGCGUGAAACCAGACUGUUUCUUCUAACCUUUUUCCUCCUACUUCUCUGAUACGGGCAUUCCCUGUAGCACACAGCUGUUUUGUGUCUCGUGUUACAGGCAAAGGAUGUGUACAUGUUUGACUGAACAUUCACUAACAAAUGAAUUUAUUGGUAAUAAAAAACAUAAAAACGAUGACAUCUUAAGGAAUAUACAGAGGAAUGGAGAAACUACGUCAUGACAUUAUGAAAUGUUAAUCAAUUCUAGUGGUAAUAAUUAUUAUCUGCAUUAAGACAAGUAUAGUACACUUCAGAAGUGUAAAGCUGGAGAAAAACUGCUAUUUUAAUUCCAUUGACAGUUCUCCCGUUUAUAGAGGGAGAUAUGCCAAGUUAAGCUUCCUUUUUAUUGUUUAUUAACUUGAUUAACUUGCAGUGACACUGAAUCCACAGCUAUGAGUCUGGCACAUGAUGGAUCUUCAGGCCUGUAAUAGUUGAGGGGUCUCAUCCCAUUCGAUUGUUGUAGAAUCUAUAUUAUUUCUAGAUUUUACUUUAAUCAGCACAGCUGAAGAAUGUUUGGCUCUGAUAGCAUAGAUGGAGCUUAUGCAAAGCUUCAUUAGCCUGAAAUGUGAACAGUAUUACGUAUAUGGGGCCUUGAACAAGGAAUACUUUCAUACUGUUAUUCAAAUAAACGUAAAGCGAUUUGUGAUUAACGGAAAUCCAAUAUUGAGCAACAGAUGUUUCGUAUCACAAUAUAAUAUGAUCAGUGCAGUAUUAAACUUUUCAUUCGAAUCAUAUUGUGGUGUGACAUGUAUUAUUUUUUUAUUAAAAGCCUUUGAGGGCUGAAAUUAAAAUGAUUAUAAAAGAUAUAACACAAAGAGAUCUAGAUCUUAUUUAACUUUGUCUUAACCAAAGAUUGGCCAUAACGCAAAGAUAUGUUGUUGUUUUUUUUUUUUUUUUUUUUUUUUUCAUUUAUUCAUCUUUCCUUUCAUUUAAAGGAUUUUUGAGAAUGUAGCAACGGUGAUGUACGAGUAUGCUAUGCAAAAUGCGCUCUCCUGAACUACCAGCAAAGAGUCAGACUGGGACAAAAUCAAAUAUUUUUCUCUUUUCUUCCUAUAUACUGGGGAUGAAAAUGAUUUCCUGCUGAAAUGUUGAAUCUUUACUUAUUGAUGUCUGUACAGUUAACAGCCUUUGAAUGCGAGUUGUAGCUGGUAGGAGGAGGGUUUCUCAAAGUGCAAUGGCAUUUCAAGGUUCUCCAUUUGGGACUCAUUUGUAAAGGCUUGAAGUUGAGUGAACUUGUAUUUUUGCAAUAAAGUUAUUACCAAUGCACUCCAGCAGGGGCGCUGCACAAACGCCUA